AUGUUCCUUUCAACUACCCCAAUGGUGAUGACCACCUUACUUCUCAAUAAUAUGUAUCUCACUUCCAUCCUGGGUGCGGCCCCGCCCCCCGGCUUCGCGCACAACGUGGCCACCCAAGCAGCCCCGGAUUCGUCGCAACCCAAUAUGCCAGUUCCUGCGGUUAUGAACUCCACUGAUAUGCCGAUGAAUACCACUGAAAUGGCGGGGAAUUCCACCGAUCCAGCCCAGUUGAAUGCGGGCGGUUUCUUGCCUGGGUUCCCGCUCAUCCCCAGCAUUUUCCCCAAACCAUCACCCCGUCCGAGCAUUUUCCCCAAACCAUCGCCCGGUCCCGGCAUUUCCCCCAAGCCAUCCCCUGGUGGCAGUGGAUCACCCGGUGGCAGUGGAUCGCCUGGCGGUAGUGGAUUACCCGGCGGUAGUGGAUUGCCCAGUGGCAGUGGAACUUCACCCAGCGGCAGUGGAUCACCCUUUGGCAGCGGAACUUCUCCCGGUGGCAGCGGAUCACCCGGCGGCAGUGGAUCACCCGGUGGCAGUGGAUCACCCUAUGUCGGUGGCACCUCCCCCGGAGGCAGCGGAAUUUCCCCCGGUGGCAAUGCACCUUCAACCGGCGGUAGUCGACCUUCACCCGGCGGCUCAUCACCCGGCAGCAGUGGCACUUUCCCCGGCAGCAGUGGCCCUUCAACUGGUGGUAGUGGCACUUCACCCGGUGGUAAUGGCUCAACUGGAUACCCGCCGAAGUUCCCAAAUCCCUUCCCCAACCUCCCAACCCCCUUACCAGGCGUUACGCCCGCGGUCAACCAAAGCUGUGUGGCUGGGAUCAAGAACCGCAUCAUUGCUUCCCAAGAAUCCGAAGGACAGCCUAUGCCCCGGGAGAGGGCCUCUUGCUUCACACCCUACACCAACGUUCCGGAGGGGGAGAGUUUGGUCGUGGCCUCGGUCGAUGCGGCCACCAAUGUCACUGCUAGCCUUUCUCAGCUGGUCCAAGAUGUCUCCGGCAAGAGGAUUACGGCUGCCAUCCCGAUCAUCAUUUCCGAUUUGAGGACCCUGACUGCCGUCGUAGCGACCGGAGUAGCGCACAUCGCGCUUGCCACCGCUAAAGGCGUUUUCACCUCAUCAAGUCUUGUUUACGUGUUACAAGGAUUCGUCACGGCGGGCCAAAGCGUUACCGAUGCUUUGAUUGGUCAAAAAGGCUUCUUCGCCCAAUUCCAAGCGCUUACGCCUAUCCGAAACACCCUCUUGUCUUUGAAAUCCGUCGUCGAUAGAUUCGUUCUGCUCCUUAUUCACAUGAUUCCUACAAACAAAUUCGCUCUGGCCGCCGAUUUGCACCAGCAAAUGAGCAACUCGAUGGACAACGCCAUCAACACUUUUGUCGAAAGUGAUUAA